CCAAACGGCCAUUUUCCACGGCAAACCAGGCACCAAAGGAAUUCUUAAGGCACAGCGGGGUCCCACUGUGCGACAAACGAUCGUGAGCAGAAUAGGGAGCCAUCGACCACGGCUGCAGACGACGGCGCCGGCUUCGAAGUUCAAGCGAGCAGGAUAUCGCCCGCGCACAUCGAAGAGCACCUCACCCUAACUACCAGUGGCCCCUCAAGGCACAUCCCAUGAGCGGCAACAUGUCCUCGCAGCGCCCCUUCUUCCUCUCCACCUUCUUCGCCGCCUUCCGGCAGCAAACAACACCAUCGUCGCUCUCAAACGCAAGUGCCUCGACCCAGCAACCGAACAAACACAACCCACAACCCACCGCCGCCCAACCAGCCUCAGCCGCAACACCGCGCUCGAUAACAACGUCUGCCGCCGCGGUAGCAGCUUCCCAAGCCACCUCCCCGUCCACCUCAGCAUCACGUUCCGGCGGGGUAAUGAGCCAGCUCCCAUUACAUUCACCCCGACACCCCCACCACCACCAUCAUCAUCACAGCGGCGGCAUCCCGAUACCUCAAUCACAAGGCACCCAUGAUAACAGCCAUGGCCGGAGGAGAGGCAGUGAUAGCAGCAGCGAGGGAUUUAGGGACGCCCUCGGGACCGAAAAGCUGUACAUCGGGGGCCGGACGGCGACGGGCGAAGAGAGAUUCUUCAAGUUGGGAGUGGUGCGGAGGGUGAGGAGCGGGGAUAGGCUGAGCUUGGAUCGACUGAGUCUGUGAGAGACGCGGUACGGCA